CCCCGCCUCCUCGCAGGCCUGAGUCCGGGCGGGCGGUGGUGCUCCCGCUGAGAGCCAGCUCUUGGCACUUGACAUGGCGGCUGCGGCGGCGACUGCAGCGACCAAAGGGAAUGGGGGCAGCGGGGCCCGGGCCGGGGCCGGCGAGGCCAGCGGCGCGCGGAAGAAAAGGGGCCCGGGGCCUUUGGCCACGGCGUACCUGGUCAUCUACAAUGUGGUGAUGACGGCGGGAUGGCUUGUUAUAGCAGUUGGUCUGGUGAGAGCAUACCUGGCUAAGGGCAGCUAUCAUAGCCUUUAUUAUUCCAUUGAAAAGCCUUUGAAAUUCUUCCAAACUGGAGCCUUAUUGGAGAUUUUACAUUGUGCAGUAGGAAUUGUUCCAUCUUCUGUUGUCCUGACUUCUUUCCAAGUAAUGUCAAGAGUUUUUCUAAUAUGGGCGGUAACACACAGUGUCAAAGAGGUACAGAGUGAAGACAGUGUCCUUCUGUUUGUUAUUGCCUGGACAAUCACAGAAAUUAUCCGUUACUCCUUUUACACAUUCAGUCUAUUAAACCACCUGCCUUACCUCAUCAAAUGGGCCAGGUACACACUAUUCAUUGUGCUAUAUCCAAUGGGAGUGUCAGGAGAAUUGCUCACAAUAUAUGCUGCUUUGCCUUUUGUCAGACAGGCUGGCCUGUACUCCAUCAGUUUACCUAACAAAUACAAUUUCUCCUUUGACUAUUAUGCAUUCCUAAUUCUGAUAAUGAUCUCCUACAUUCCACUUUUCCCCCAGUUAUACUUCCACAUGAUACACCAGAGAAGAAAGGUCCUUUCUCAUACUGAAGAACACAAGAAAUUUGAAUAGUUCCUGUUUCUGCACCCCUUCAAAAAACAAACUUUUCAACAACAAAAAAUGCUGCAGACUUUUUGAGUUCCCAAUACGUUUCAUAGAAAAUAAGUAAAACUAUUUUUAAAAUACUAAACAAAACGAAAACCAGAAUCCAGUGUCACACAGGCCUGGGGUUUUAUAAGAUAAAACAAGGAAAAAAGCUGUUACGUAAAACACCCUGGCCAGUCCAUUCAGCAUGCUUUUUCAAUCAGAAGUUCCCAGUACUUAUGAUGGCACUAGACAGGGAUUUGGCAUUUUUUACCCUCCUAUUUCCUUCGUGUAUCCGAUAAACAAAGAUCUGUAGCACUGAAUGCCUGAUAGUUGCAGCCUGAGGAUGGAGGUGGCACCAGCUGGGUGCCCGGCUUGCAGGAGUUCUGUUCAGCCUGCAGCGUGGUCAGCAUCCCCUUUCAAAGUGCUCCACUGCAUGCUGAGAACUGUUUGUGUUUUUGCAGCGGCAACCUUUGUUCUCUGGAAUGCUCUGAAGUUAUGGCUAGGACCUUUUCCUCAUGUCUAGUGAAUGAAAUACACAGUUUGUAUGUCUGUGAAGCUUUGGGGUAGUACCCAUAGUCAGAAAACAGCUAGAACCCUUUUGUUUUCAAUUGAGUCAUUCCUGCCUGCCACUAAGAAACGUGCUUGAAUCUAAUAAGUAUGCGUACAUUAUAGAGAACCUACCUUACCUGGGGCUCAGCCCCACUCAUAUUUAACAAAACGACAGUGCUCAGAAAGGGAGAGUUUCAGCGUAGUAAAUGACAGGCACUCCCCUGUCCUGUCCUCAGAGCCCCUCUGAGCGAUGGAUUUGCAGCAACUGUUCUCAUCUAUGGCCCCAAACCAGUCUAGUCACAGAAGGGGAGGAUCUGCUCAUGAAACACAUGGAAGGUGUUACUUUAGAAAUGUUGUCGGAAGAACAUUCAGGAAGAGGUUUCUGUUUCUACACCUUGAUCAUUUUAUUUUUAAAUUUUCAUGAAACUCUUCUGUUUGGAUACUUCUCCUAACUAUGGUCCUCUGUAAUUCGCACCAAGUUGUACAUCAGAGGCAGUGGGAUAUCCAGUGGGCAGUCAGGAGCUGAAAGCAGUGUCACCCACAUGCUGGGGCAGCCAAGAAAUCCUUGCUCAUGGACAUUAUUUAAUCAGUGUCCUAUCUUUGUGCCAUGUAAUUGCUCAGCUGUGCAUCUCAGACUCUUCCAGAAAGGGCUGGAGAGAAAUGUAAAGCCCGAGCUCAGAUGUGCACUAGAUUUUAAACACAGGAUGUUCUUUGUGGAGCCUUUUUUUUUGAAAAAUUGGUUGAUCUUUAAAACUUUAAAAGUCUAGCUUAUAGAGUCAUUAUCACUUAAAAUAUAAUUGCUAAUGUCAGAAGAGUGUCAUAAUGGAAAGUAAAUUUGAAAUGCUUAUUUUCAUAGGCACUUGAAAGUUAACAUAAGAAGGAGAAGAAAAUAUACAGCCUAAAAUGUGAUACAGGCAGAUGUGUAAUAAAUAACUUUUGAAUUGAACAUUAACAUUCUGCUUCACACAGUCAGCACUCUUAACUUGGUGAUAUUGAGAUUAGAAUCUAUUGUACAUGAUAAACAAAAUAUAUGGGAAAGAUUAUAUUUCAUGCUCUUUCUCAUUUCAUUUUUCAAAACUGUAUUUCUCCUGUCAAAUAGAAUCAAUUUGGAUUAUAAUAGCCUUAUUAUUUAAUCUGGGUAAGAUUUUUUUCAGUUGUUGUUGGAAUAGUUAGAUGAUGGGAUGAAAAGUGCAGGUUCUUUUCAGGGUUGCUGGAUUGGAUUUAUUCAGGCCUCUCUAUUGUAAUUUGUCACUAUUUAGGGAAACAGUCUGGUGCAGACAGUGGUAUUGCCUCAAAUUGCAAAAAGAACACAGUAAACUUUCUUCUCAAAAAGGGUCUCAGCCCCAGUGUUUGUUUCUGUACAUCAAACAUUUAAAAUGCUCGUGGCAGAUAAGUAAGACAUGCCACCGUGUCCUUCAGCCACCUCUCCCAGUAACUGGUGUUUUUUUAGUUUUGGGGUUUUUUUUAGCUCCAACAUAAAUUAAUGUUUCCUUUGAAGUGGUGGCAUUCUUUUAGGAACUGAGACCAUCCAACCCCACCAAAUAUCCCACCUUCCUACAAAGUGUGAAUGAAAAAGGUGGUGUUUGGUGGGUGUUUUGUCAGACUUUCAGUGUUUAUUUCAGGCCACAAUCAAAGACAUCAGCUGCCCCCUGACAGGAUGUUUCAGAUCCCUCUCGGGACCACCUUCUGGCAGAGGAUUCUGUGAGGUGUGCAGUAGUGCUUUGUAGACACAAGCUGCUGAAUUGCAACUUGCUGUCUUGUUUGCUAAGGUUGGGAUCGUUCAUUGAACAUGCAUUGCCUGUGAUCAGAGGCACCGUGGAGAGUUAGUCCUGGAAUAAAGCACCACCCUGCCAGACGAGAACGGUCCUCUGGCGCGAGCUUCCUACGGAAGAGGUAGCCUAAAGAGGCCUGUGAAGAGACUGCCCUCAUUUCCGCUUGCACUUUUGGUUAUUCAUUUGUAAUAAAAGGUUGUCAUCGAUGUGGUGCAACCUACGAAUUCUUUUCAAUUCUGAGUUUCAGGUAAAACAUAAAACACCAGAAUCAGUACAUACUGCUCCUUUGAAAUUUGGGUAAAAAUUUAUAUGAUCAUAUAUAGUCAUUUUUGUAUUUUUUCUAUGUUGUGAAAACCAAAAUUGUAAUUUUAUAAGUCUUUGAUUCACUAAAAUUCUAUAAUUUAAAUGUAUUUUUUGUAUAUUUAGAAAUAAGGCAUUCAAAGACUAUGCUUAACUUUCUAUGCAUGCAUUUGGAAGCUGUUUUUACUGAUAAUGUAGUAGUAAAUUGUAUUCAUAAAAUACUGAUCUGUGUUGCAUUUCAAAAUAAACUGGUGUGUGCUCUGCCUGGGUCUGAAACACUG